CAUUAUUCUCUCGGUCACUCUUUAUUUACUAAAAUUUGGUCUUCCUUUAUUUUGUUUUAGGUUGUUUAAUAGUAACUAGAUUUAUUCCUGUCAAUCCCCUGUGCUAUUAAAGCUUCUUGUGAUUUAUCUGUUGUUAAAAGAAACAAAACUGCAAGGCUAUGAUUUUCUUUUUAAUCCAGUGGUUAUGCUGUAAAAUGGGAAGCUGGUAGCUAAGCCUGAGGAAGAUCAACAACUUUACUUGCAAUUUAUCCAUGAGGGGUCUAAGAUGAUUACUGAAAUUUUCGGAUUUUGUGUUCUACUAAUGUAAAUAGCAAACUGCUGAUUUAAAAGGAACUUCGAAAAAUUCAUUAUUCCACACAUACUCUUUGGGGUUUUCUUUUAGUUACAAGUUGAAAUUAGAGGCAAGCGUGGAGCAUGAUUAUAAAACUGCAUAUUGUGAAUCGGAUUAUGAACCUACAUGCUCCAGAAUGGUCUGGUGAGGUUCGGAGUAUUACUUACUCUGCUGAUGGAAAGUCUGUAUCUGUCAUCUAUCGUGUAACACUCUAUGGGACUGAUGCUGAGAUAUAUCGAGAGUCGACAGGGACUGCUUCAGUUGAUGAUCCUGGUUAUGGAGAUCCUGUACAGAAGGCUGAGGCCAUGGCAUUUCGGCGAGCUUGUGCACGCUUCGGGCUUGGGCUUCAUCUUUAUCAUGAGGACAUGUUGUAGAUUGCUAAUAAGCUCUGUUGUGUUAGGUUGGAGCUUAAACUUUGUGUUUUGGGAGGAGGCAUGAUUCAAAUAGCAUAAUGUUGCUAUAAUUUUGUUUGGGAAGGAAAUGUUCUCCUCUGAGAGUAGAAGUGAAACAGAUUUUUGUAAUGAAAAUGGCAUCCCAUGAUAGGCUCGGGAUGGCUUGGCAUGUUACAUUAGAGCCUACUGAUUAGAGGUUUGUGGUGAAAUUAUUUAUUCUAAAGUAUUUGUCAACUAAUUUUGCUUUGUUAUCUGUAAA